UGAGAAGCAGGAAAAUCACCGGCAUGCAGAACCCAGGAAAACAUCCUGUGGCAAUGAGGAGGUGAUUGUUUCAGGGCUGUCUUGUCCUUCCUUGGGCCUCCCUGUUCCUUACCACACAUCUCCCGUACUUGGUAGGAAAUGGAAUCAAAAGUCUCGGAAGGUGGCCUGAAUGUUACUCUCACCAUCCGGCUACUCAUGCAUGGAAAGGAAGUUGGAAGCAUCAUUGGGAAGAAAGGAGAGACCGUGAAAAAGAUGCGGGAGGAGAGUGGAGCAAGAAUCAACAUCUCUGAGGGGAACUGUCCGGAAAGAAUUGUGACCAUCACAGGCCCCACAGAUGCCAUCUUCAAGGCUUUUGCCAUGAUUGCUUACAAAUUUGAGGAGGAUAUAAUCAACUCAAUGAGUAACAGCACUGCUACCAGUAAACCACCAGUAACACUGAGGUUGGUCGUGCCUGCUAGCCAGUGUGGCUCACUGAUUGGCAAAGGAGGCUCCAAGAUUAAGGAAAUCAGGGAGUCAACAGGUGCUCAGGUUCAAGUGGCGGGGGACAUGCUGCCCAACUCCACAGAGCGGGCAGUGACAAUUUCGGGGACCCCCGAUGCAAUUAUCCAGUGUGUCAAACAGAUCUGUGUGGUGAUGCUGGAGUCCCCACCGAAAGGUGCCACCAUUCCCUAUCGCCCAAAGCCCGCCUCCACCCCUGUCAUUUUUGCAGGUGGUCAGGUAAGAGCCGACCCGCUUGCGGCCUCCACUGCCAACCUCAGCCUUUUACUGCAGCACCAGCCGCUGCCUGCCUAUACAAUUCAGGGACAAUAUGCAAUUCCACACCCGGAUCAGUUGACCAAGCUCCACCAGUUGGCUAUGCAGCAAACCCCCUUUACUCCCCUUGGACAGACCACCCCCGCUUUCCCUGGAGAAAAGCUGCCCUUACAUUCCUCCGAAGAAGCUCAAAAUCUGAUGGGCCAAUCAUCAGGUUUGGAUGCCACUCCCCCGGCCAGUACUCAUGAACUCACCAUUCCCAAUGAUCUAAUAGGCUGCAUAAUCGGACGCCAAGGGACCAAAAUCAAUGAAAUUCGACAGAUGUCUGGAGCGCAGAUCAAAAUCGCCAAUGCCACAGAAGGCUCAUCGGAACGUCAAAUUACCAUCACAGGAACCCCAGCUAACAUCAGCCUUGCCCAGUACCUCAUCAACGCCAGGCUGACGUCUGAGGUCACUGGAAUGGGCGCACUCUAAUUUCUACCUGUCAUCCUUCAUUCUGCAUCACCUGACCCUUUCCAGCCAAUGACACUUCACCCGGCUUGUACAAUCUGUAUUUUUACCGCCUUCCCUUUACCUCCAUAGAUACUUUUUCUUUACUAACACACACACACACACACACACACACAGAGUUUCUUUAUAUAUUCCAUACUGUGCUCCUGAUAUUGCUCUUGAACUCUUUAUUUAUGGUCCCAGGCCUGUCCAUGUUUUCAAAGUAUAGUGUUAAUUAUUUUAACUACCUUUUGGGGGGUUUCCAUUGGUGAGACUUCGGAAGAAGGCUUGGUCUCUGGUGUCAGUUUAGCUUAGCUAUUUUAAUGUUUUAUUUUGACAUUUUAACAGCAUUUACUGUUGUGUAUGAUUUAUGAUGCCAGCUAGAGCUGUGCUUGCUUUGAAAUACUCUGCUCGCAAUUAUCCUAUUGAAAGGUCCAUUUUUCAUUUUGCUUGUCCCGGCUCACCUUUUAAACCUUGACUCCAUGUCCAGAGAAUGUGGCAUGGUUUACCCCAUGUAAUUUUGGAAGCAGGAUGUGCAGGAGCCAAUGAAUACACCCACGAGUCCACUUUGGUUCCCACACACAAUAUAUUCUUUCCAACAUGGCAGGGUCCAAACAAGCCAUUUUUAUUACUAAUGAAAGAAGAAAAAAAUUCAGUCUUAUUUUUUAACUCAGAAGUAAUUGGGAGUGGGGUGGAUGGGGGAUAUAGU